AGUCCAAGCGUAUACACAAGGACAGGCGUAUAUAAAGGCCAGCCAUGACCCGGUUCCCAAUUCUCCCCCUAGCACUCUGCACCAUAACAUUAACCUCGGUCCUCGGCCUCCCCCUAGCUGACCCAAAACCAGAGGAUGACCUCGCCCCCAGCGAUUCAAGCCUCCACUAUGCGUACGGUCGGGCGUACGGCUACCAGGCGGCACCAUACGGCGGUCAUGUCGGUGGGUACGAACACAGCUACGGUCACCACACCGUAGAUGACGGCUAUGGAGGAUAUGGAGGCUACGGACACGGGUACGGGCACGGCGGUUAUGUAGACCAUCAUGCUCAUGGAUACGGGCACCAUGGAUACGGAGGGGUGGGGUUCGGCCCCCAUCUAAACUCUUACCACCAUGGAGCAGCAUACGGGCACGAUCUGGUUGGUCCCUUCAGCCAUCACGACGGUCCUUUCGGUCCUUUUGGGUUCUACGCUAACUUCUACCAUCACUAAAUACUAAAUAAUAGUUCACCAGUUAAAGGCGUAACUAGAAGGGGGCACUGGCUGCACCCCCCAUUCACAAACUGGCCGAAGAGGAGCUGGUUACCACCUCCCCCUCACAAAUGCCUAAUUACGCCUUUUUUUACCAGUGGAUUAUAUUUUAAAUCUUUCUUUAAUACGCUUUUAUUUAUCUUUUCGGGCAUUCAUUGAGUAUUCUGUGUACCAUGUACGCUGAACAGUGUACAGUGAUGUAUUGGGAAUAUGAUGUACUGAUACACUCUUCUCUUACUGUACUAUUCAAUUUAGUCCUUGUACCAAAAACAAGGGAAAUGUGCAAUAUACUUCGUAGACAAUCAUUUUAUUUAAUAAAUACUUAUUUAUAAUU